ACCGCGUCCUCUGAUAUGUGUGUCAACUGUUCUCGGUUAUCGCCUAGUUUCAAGAACAAGCUCAGUUAGAGAUUCUUGCAUGCGCAAAAGGGCGAGACAUGGAUUUCAACUUAACGCACCGCGGCGCCCUGGCGCACAUAUUUUUAUGGAAUCAUUCUCUCUUCUACAAUAGCACCGCCGACCUCGAUCCGGAGGAGAGGGAAGACUUGGAAGUGAACACGGACAUUUAUUCCAAAGUGAUCGUGACCAUCAUCUACCUGCUUCUGUUCGCUGUGGGUUCGUUGGGCAACUCCAUCACCUUGUACACCCUCCUGAGCAAAAAGAGUCUGCAGAACUUGCAGAGCACCGUCCACUACCACCUGGCCAGCCUGGCCGUGUCCGACCUGCUCAUCCUCGUGCUCUCCAUGCCCAUCGAGCUGUACAACUUCAUCUGGUUCCACCACCCGUGGGUGUUCGGGGACGCGGUGUGCCGAGGCUACUACUACCUGCGCGACAGCUGCUCGUACGCCACCGCUUUCAACAUCGCCUCGCUGAGCGUGGAGCGCUACAUGGCCAUCUGCCACCCGUUCAAAGCCAAGAGCAUCAUGUCCCGUAGCCGCACCAAGAAGCUGAUCAGCGGCAUGUGGCUCGCCUCCUUCGCGCUGUCCACGCCGAUGCUUUUCAUCAUGGGCCAGGAGACGCGCCAGGACGAGAACAUCUGCACCGCCACCGUGGCCCCUGUCACCAUGAAGACGGUGCUCCAGGUGAAUGCCUUCUUGUCCUUUGUGGUGCCCAUGGUGGCCAUUUCGGCACUGAACGGGGUCAUCGCCAAUCAUCUGUUGCGAAUGUUCCAUGAGGCCGAGCAAGACAACCGUGUCUGCAUCGUUGGCGGCAAUCCCACCAUGCUCAACGUCUCGGUGGAACCCAAUCGGGCUCAGUCACUUCGCCAUGGGGUUCUUGUUCUGCGAGCGGUGGUUAUAGCCUUCGUGGUCUGCUGGCUGCCUUAUCACGCCCGCCGCCUCAUGUUCUGCUACGUUUCCGACUGGUCCGAUAGCCUGUACGACUUCUACCACUACUUCUACAUGCUGACCAACGUCCUCUUCUACGUCAGCUCGGCCAUCAACCCCGUCCUCUACAACUUAGUUUCGGCCCCCUUCCGCCAGAUCUUCUUCUCCACGCUGCGGCACUUCUGCAUGCCGUGCCAUCACUCCCCCAGGAGACGCCCCGGCCCUCUGACUCGACAUUCUCUCAGCAUCUCCAGCAACCACACUCUCUCCACCAACAUCAUCAAGGAGACCGCCUACUGAUUCCAUUUGAGC